AUGUCCGCAAACACUGUUCACAACAACCAUAACACUCACAGCACGGGUGGCGGCGCUAACUCACGGACACCGGUGCCGACGGCCAUCACAUCCGCCGCAUCGGUAAUCCCGACCGCAAUACUCGACGACUUGUCCACACGUUUUGUGAUAAACAUCCCGCGCGAAGAUCGCUCCGACCUGAUCCGGGUGUGCUUCCAACUAGAGCUGGCGCACUGGCACUAUCUCGAUCUGAUCCGUGGCCAAGACUCGCGGCUACCAUCGGUGAACUUCACGCGCUUCUCGGCCAUCAUCUUCCGUCACAUACCAUUCCUGCAGCCAUUCAUCGCCCGAUUGGACGCCAUUAUCGCCGAAUGGAAGACCUAUAAGCUAUUGGUGCCCACGUGUGGGGCCAUUAUGUUGGACCCACUGCUAGAGCACGUGCUUCUGGUGCAGGGGUUCGGCGGCCGGUCGUGGGGUUUCCCAAAGGGUAAACUCAACGAAGACGAGCCGUACCACAAGUGUGCCGUACGGGAGGUAUACGAAGAGACCAGCUAUGACUGCGCCGCCAGUAUUGACCACCAGAGCUAUAUCGAGCGCUUACUGCACGAGAAGACUGUCCGCCUCUAUAUCGUGAAAGACGUGCCGAAGGACUUCCCGUUCGCCCCGUUGUGUCGCAAUGAGAUCAAAGACAUCAAGUGGUUCUCUGUGGCCGAACUGCCCGUCCGGACGCCACUGCAGAUGGACGGCACGAAUGGCGUGACUGUCACUCCGGGCGGUGGUGUCGGCACUCCCGGCGCCGUUAAGGCCAACCAGUUUUAUAAUGUGUUGCCGUUUAUUAAGCCGUUGCGCCGUUUCAUAGCCAAAGAGCGCCGCCAACUGGUUCUCGAUAACCAACGCGACAGACGUGAUAGCGAGGCGGCUAAGGAUGGCGGCGGACACGAGUCCCUCCAGACGGACCUAUUCUGGGCCAAGAGUUGGGACAAUAUUAAGUUCGAUUGGGAUAACAUCUGGCGAGAGAUCUAUAGGGAGUCUUCGGGCGCCACCGCCGCAGCCCAGGGAUGA